CUCAAUCGCUUUAGGAGGCGCCAUCUUGUAGAAAUUGAUACGGAAUGUAGGUGAAAGCUGCUUCGAUGACUCUAUCGUCCUUUCACAAUUAGACUCGGCUGUCGAGCUUUCCGUUUUCGAGCUUGCUGCCUGCUCUUUUUAUCAACGGCUUGUUCAUCCCUUCCUUGUCCCAUCAUCAUCGACCUUGCUAUCCCUUGCUUCGUUCCUGAUCUUGCUAUCCCUCGCUUCGUUCCUGCGUUCAAUCACAACAUGUUACGCAUCGCCAAUCUUGGAAGUUCCUUCUCUGCUGGUCCUGGAAUUCCACCUCAAGUCAACAUCGCAGCCGCACGUUCCGGGGCCAACUAUGCACAUCUUUUGGCAGAACGUCUGGGCGCGGACCUCACAGACUUGAGUGUUUCUGGUGCCACACUCCUCAAUAUCACCGACACACCACAAAUUUCUGGCGGUGUGACUUUUCCACCUCAAAUCCAAGGCGUUCCGGAGGAUGCCGACAUUGUGCUCGUCCUUGGUGGCGGCAAUGAUAUGUCCUACGUCGGCGGUCUGUUCAAGGAGCACACAUGGGCUCUCGCGGCCUUCUCUUUGGUGCAACGUCUCAAGGGAACCCCGAUGCCAGAAUUCCCUGCCCCUGCUGACGAAGAAGAUGUCAUCAAGCGUUUCGAAAAAGUCUUGGAUGCUGUUCAUGAGAAGGCUCCCAAAGCACGAGUCAUCGUUGUCGAAUACCUGACUCUACUGGGCUCGGAUGUCAAGCCAACAGUGGAUGUGCCUUUCAAUGCCGAAAGACUAGAAUACCACCGAGGCGUUGCAACAAAACUUCAGAAAGCCACUCAACAGGUUGUUGAUUCACGCUCAGAGUGGUGUGAACGCAUUCCAACGGCCGAUUUAAGUCAAGGUCACGGCAUUGGAAGUGCAGAACCAUGGGUUUUCGGAUGUUCUAUGAUGGAGCGAUUGAUGGGAAAGGCCUGGUACCAUCCCAACGGCGAGGGCAUGAAGGCUGUUGCGGACUUGGUACAUGAACGGAUCACUUCCAAAUAGACUUUUUCUGGUAUAUCAAGACAUUUGUGUUUAUAGAAAUAUUUGAUGUCCUUACAUACAAAUGAUGCAUUCACUAUCUACCUUA